UGAAUGUUAUAGUCAUGUUUCCUAUAGAAAGAAACACAGUGAUAGUAUAAUUUAUUGAUCUUUGCUCUUUUUAUUUUAGAAGGAAAUAAGUUUUUAUCUAUCUUUUGAGGAUCACGAUGGAGCGAACGAGCAGUUGGGGUUCUGCAGUUAGUAGGCUUUCAGUGUGUCAAAAUGUAGGUGUUGGUGAUGACGAAGCUGAGGAUCACGAGUGUUUUUCAGCUGCAGGAGAUAUAGCUUUUCAAGGACGAAGGAAAAGUGAGAGUGGUGGCUUUGACCUGUCUUUAUAUAUCAAACCAGAAAAUGGAACAGUUGUGUACAAUCCUGCAAUGGAACAUGAAUUGCCGCCAUCUAAUAAUAACUAUAUUGUAAAUCCACAAGAACACCUUGACCUUCCCAUCUUUGUUUCAACAAAUGGAAAGGUUAAUUAUGAAGACAUAAAACAAGUUCUGGAACUUGACAAGAUACCCAAGCUACUGGAAUAUGUUUCAUGUCUAACUCAUUUGGCUGUUUUUGGCAUUCUUGGGGUCUUAACGAGGUACUUAUUGCAAAAGUCAUUUGGACCAGGUGGUUUUGGUGUGACCAGUGAUCAUACCGUUUUUUACCUUGAUCUGCCAUCAAAUAUGAUUGGUUCCUUUUUGAUGGGAUGGUUUGGUUUUGUUUUUAAAAGAGAUAUAUCCUGUGUAUCUGAACAUCUUGCAAUUGGUCUAACAACCGGCUACUUGGGGAGCCUAACAACUUUCAGCGGCUGGAAUCAGAAAAUGCUCGAGCUUGGUGUCGCUGGACACUGGAUCUUGUCUUUUCUUGGCUUUCUAAUAGGCAUGUUGCUUGUAGCCUUGUCGAUCAUCAUUGGUUUCUGGACGGCGAAGGGAUUCAAAUGGUUACUAAAAAGACUAAACAUGAGACAUGGAAGUGGCAACUUUAUCUCUAAAGUAAGUUGGAAGGUUGACAGCUUCCCUCGUCAAUUGGUAGUGACGAUAGUGUUGUUGGUGAUAUUAGCUUUGUUAUGGGGUGUGAGUAGUGCUUUGGAAAUAAAUGAGUUCAAAAAUGGUGGGGGUGAAGCUCAGUUGUGGUUAGCCUGCAUUGUUGGACCUCUUGGUGUAUGGCUUAGGUGGUUCUUAGCUACUAGACUUAAUGAGUGCGAAAUUGGCGGAGGGUUUCUGAAAUGGCUUCGAUUUGGGACUCUUAUUGCCAAUUUUUCUGCUGCUUGUAUCAUGGCUGCACUUGCCACCCUCAAGAAAUCAGUGAAUACUACAAAUUGUGAUACUGUGAUAACAGGACUUCAAUUUGGUCUAUUGGGAUGUCUGAGUACUGUUUCAACAUUUGUUGCUGAAUUGUAUGAAAUGAUAGAAAACAAGCAUCUUUGGAGAGCAUUUGUCUAUGCUAUGGUUACCAUUUGUGUUUCAUUUUCUUUUGGGAUCUUACUAUACUAUAUCCCUGUUUCCAGAAUGUGAGUGAGCAUAGAGAUUAAGUAAGUACCUUCUUGUUUGGGUGUUUGGCUACUUUGUGUGUUCGAAGUUUUGUCAUGUGUGCUAUGGUGUUCAAUAUCAAUAGUGAAUUUGUUGGGUCCAUGGGGUAGAUAGUUGGAGGGAUUUAGAUUUUGUGCAUUUGCGAAAUAUCUCAUUUGAUACAGUUGUGUUCAUGAAGUGAUGUUCAAGAUGGGAUGAUUUAAAUUUGAACGGUUUAGAGUUACAAUGUGUGAUUGAAACUAAUGUCGUCAAAUCUUGAUCAAUUAUUCUGCAUGGCUCGACUUCAUCAAAUGCGUAAUAUUUGAACCUUAAUAAGAAGUCUUGAUUUCAUGUGACUAUUGUUGUAAGAUGUGAAAAAUUUACUACAUUCUUCGUAAAGAAAAAAGGUUUGAACGUUGGAAAA